GGCUUUGGAGCUGCGCUGCCUUACAAUGAAGACUUAAGUAGUAAUUAAAUUCCCGAAGAUCCGCCAAGACUCCUCUGGCUGCGAUGGGGAUGUUCCGCGCCCGGGCUGCGGCGGCGCGGGGGGAAGGAUGCUUGAACAGGACUCCGUCAAAGCAGCGAAGACUUCUGUAAGACAUGGAUAGAUGCAAACAUGUUGGGCGGCUACGACUCGCCCAGGACCACUCCAUCCUGAACCCCCAGAAGUGGCACUGCGUGGACUGCCAGACCACGGAGUCCAUCUGGGCCUGCCUGAAGUGCUCCCACGUGGCCUGCGGGAGGUACAUCGAGGAGCAUGCACUUAAACACUUUGAGGAAACCAGGCACCCAUUGGCAAUGGAAGUUAAUGAUCUGUAUGUCUUUUGUUACCUUUGUGAAGAUUAUGUCUUGAAUGAUAACCCGGAGGGUGAUUUGAAAUUGCUGAGAAGUUCUCUGUCAGCAAUUAAAAGCCAAAAGCAUGACCCGUCAGCAAGAAGUGGCAGGACAUUGCGAUCGAUGGCUUUGGGAGAGGACAUGUGCAGCCAUCAGAGGAGCCUUCAGGGACAGUCUCAGAUGCUUACAGCCCUCUGGCACAGGCGCCAGUCCUUGCUUGCGAAGGCGCUGCGGACCUGGUUUGAGAAGAGCUCCAGGGGCCAGCUAAAACUAAAAGAAAAGAAACAGAUGGAGGAGUUGGAGAAAAAGAAGGAGGCAGCGAGGCAGCGGCGGCGGGAGAUGAAGAGACAGCUCCUGGAGGAGCUGGCAAACACUCCUCCGAGGAAGAGCGCGAGGCUGUUGUCUCACGUGCACAGAGAGAACUUGAUUCCAAGGAAAUUCAGGGAGGUGGCAACCACUUCCCCUACCUCAAGGCAGAUGCAGAGCAGCAGAUUCAAACAGUUUUAUUCCAUCCGGCGUAAGCCUCUGAUGACUCCCGGGGUGACGGGUCUGAGGAACCUGGGAAACACAUGUUAUAUGAAUUCUAUUCUGCAAGUGCUAAGUCACCUCCAGAAGUUUAGAGAAUGUUUUUUGACACUUGAUCUCUGUGAAACAGAAGAACUCUUAGCUAAAACUGUGAAUGGGAAGUCUAGGAUGCCUGGCAAGUUGGCAAAUGGGUCUGCUGCUAAUGAGUCAGGGAAGACUGACAAAGUGGGAUCAUAUGGCACGCAGAGCUUGCCAGCUGGCUUAAAUGGUGGCUCCUCAAUAAGCAGGAGUUUAGAACUAAUACAGCCCAAGGAACCGAGUUCAAAGCACAUCUCCCUCUGUCACGAAUUGCACACCCUCUUCAGAGUGAUGUGGUCUGGCAAGUGGGCGCUCGUGUCCCCCUUUGCCAUGCUGCACUCUGUGUGGAGCCUGAUCCCGGCGUUCCGAGGGUACGACCAGCAGGACGCUCAGGAAUUUCUCUGCGAGUUGUUGGAUAAAGUACAGCAGGAGCUGGAGUCGGAAGGAACGAAGCGCAGGAUCCUCAUCCCUUUCUCACAGAGGAAGCUCACCAAGCAGGUCCUGAAGGUGGUGAACACCAUUUUUCAUGGGCAGUUGCUUAGUCAGGUCACCUGCAUAACAUGCAACUACAAAUCCAACACUGUGGAGCCCUUUUGGGAUCUUUCCCUGGAAUUCCCUGAGCGCUAUCACUCCAUGGAGAAGGGGAUUGUCCCUGUUCACCAGGCAGAGUGCAUGCUGACAGAAAUGUUGGCCAAGUUCACUGAGACCGAGGCGCUGGAAGGGAGGAUAUACGCGUGCGACCAGUGCAACAGUAAACGGCGAAAGUCUUCUCCUAAACCUCUUGUUCUGAGUGAAGCUAAAAAGCAGUUACUGAUCUACAGACUACCUCAGGUCCUCCGGCUGCACCUUAAACGAUUCAGGUGGUCUGAACGUAAUCACCGCGAGAAGAUUGGGGUCCAUGUCCUCUUUGACCAGGUAUUAAACAUGGAACCUUACUGCUGCAGGGACUCUCUCUCCUCUCUUGACAAAGAGACCUUUGUCUAUGACCUCUCCGCUGUGGUGAUGCAUCACGGGAAAGGGUUUGGCUCAGGACACUACACAGCAUAUUGCUACAACACAGAGGGAGGUUUUUGGGUCCACUGCAAUGACUCCAAACUGAAUGUAUGUAGUGUGGAGGAGGUGUGCAAAACCCAGGCCUACAUUCUUUUUUACACUCAAAGAACAGUGCAGGACAAAGCAAGAAUCUCAGAAAAACAACUCCAAGCUCAGGUGCCGUCCAGACAUAGUGAUAAGGACAGAAGACUGACAUUCCCAUGA